GCGGCUGAGUGCAGUGGCAUUGUGAUUAAUUUAAGACAAAAGAGAGAGAGAGGUGAAUAAUCAUCGAUCGUUGUAACCCUAGAUUUCAAAUUCAAUCAAACACCACCACCUCUGUUCCUCUCUCUCUCUCGACGUGCUGCUCCAUUGCAAAAUACUCCAUCCAUGCCAACGCAAUUAUUAGGCACCGGCACCGGCACCGGAUUUACCGAUUUUUCUUUCUCUUUGCAUGAGGUUUAGUCCUCUCCGCCGUGGCAACGGAACGGGGGGGAUUUUCACUUGUUUUUCCUUUUCCUACUUUUCAUUUCCUCAAUCUAGGGUUUGUCUGGGAGGGCUAUGGAGCCCGCCGUGCUCGACGACAUCAUCAAUCGCCUCUUGGAGUUCCGCAACGCCAGAACUGUGCGCCAGGUCCAGCUCUCUGAGAAUCACAUCCGUGCUCUCUGCUCCACCGCGCGCCAAAUCUUCCUUUCCCAGCCUAAUCUCCUCGAGCUCGAAGCGCCUAUCAAGAUCUGCGGUGAUAUUCACGGACAAUAUGGAGAUCUUUUGAGGCUUUUUGAGUAUGGUGGAUUUCCUCCGGAGGCCAAUUAUCUGUUCUUAGGAGAUUAUGUUGAUCGAGGCAAGCAGAGUUUAGAGACAAUAUGCCUUCUUCUUGCCUACAAGAUCAAGUAUCCAGAAAAUUUCUUUCUCUUAAGAGGAAAUCACGAAUGCGCAUCAAUUAACAGGAUAUAUGGAUUCUAUGAUGAAUGUAAACGCCGUUUUAAUGUUAGGUUGUGGAAAGUUUUCACUGAUUGUUUUAACUGCCUUCCUGUAGCGGCUCUUAUAGACGAUAAGAUACUUUGCAUGCAUGGUGGUCUUUCUCCUGAUCUAACAAACAUGGAUCAAAUAAGAACUUUACCUCGUCCAACUGAUAUUCCUGAGUCUGGUCUGCUUUGUGAUCUACUUUGGUCAGAUCCUAGUAGAGAAGUUAAAGGUUGGGGUAUGAAUGACAGAGGAGUCUCAUACACAUUUGGUCAAAAUAAAGUGACUGAAUUUCUCACGCAACAUGAUAUGGACCUCGUUUGCCGUGCCCAUCAGGUUGUAGAAGAUGGUUAUGAAUUUUUUGCUGAUAGGCAACUAGUAACCAUAUUUUCUGCACCCAACUACUGUGGCGAGUUCGACAAUGCUGGAGCUAUGAUGAGUGUUGAUGAGAGUUUGAUGUGCUCAUUUCAGAUUCUGAAACCAACUGAUAAAAAGCAGCUCUUGUGAAGCAAGUCCUCUUGUGGCUCUCGGAGAUUAUCCAGAACUCGGAGACAUGAACAUGGUACUAAGGCACUGUGCAAUGACAGAAUGUUUAAGAAUCUCGUUCAUGUAUUGUUUCUUGAGGUGGAUACGGCCCUAAAGACUGAUUCGGGGGAAACUAUGAUCUAACGGCCCCAAGUGCUGUAUUUUUGUUUGGUCACCUCUUUCUAAUAUAUUUCAGAACGCAAUCUAUGAUUCGACUGUGUACAUCCACUUGUCUGGUAAAUUUUGAUGCAAGUGUAGUUUUGUUGCUAAAAUUCUGUGUUGCCUCAUGAUAAUUAUUUAGAUUAAUUUUUCA